CUAAGCAUUUCUCUUUACCUGUCACCUGUUUCCAUAAGAAAUGCGUCUUGCACUGAAGUCCAUAGGGGUAUCUUCACCUCCAACCUAGGUUUAUCUCUCCUCCAGAUUCUCAAUAUAGUGCAUCUAACAAAAUGAUUUUGAAAGUCCACAUACACUUUGACCUUCUCAUACCACAGAUAUCCAUGUCACCCAAACCUUAAAUCAUGACCCUCUAAUUCCAAAAUCCCCCUAUUUCUUAGGAUCACUCACUCCUUCAUCCACGCUAAGCAAUAGGUGGCAAAAUACAAUUUCUAAUCAGGCAGUUCCAAUCCUCCCCUUUGCUUUACAUCUUGCAGUACUUUCAUUUUAACUUGUGGUUUUUUCCAUUGCCAUAACACUUAGAUAAACCCCUUUUGCCAUUCUUUAAAUAGUGAAUCAGUCGCGAGAGGUAUUAUUUGAAAUAAAAAUAUCAUUCUAGGCAAAACAUUCAUUUUUAUCACUGAAAUUUUGCCUAGCAAUGACAAUUUUAACUUUUCCCAUCUUGGCAUAAUAAUUCAAGACAGGGGUGCCAGCUUACAUCACAAUCCAAUGUUAAGUUUAUAUUGGGGUUAUCUGGUGCACAGAGGGCAUUUCAGCAAAUGAGCUGCAAAUAGGUAAGUUGUUAGGUGAGCAGCCUGGGAGGGAAAGUGUUCUGGGAUUUAAAAGCUGCCUAAAAACAAUAUUCAUCUGCUUUUCUUUUUUCAUAGAUUACGAUGUCGAUUUUCUGGAUAAUUCUCUUGGUGUCAAUUUCUGGCACCAAACAUGCUGAGGAGGAGUGCGAGAGCGACCUGGUGGAGCGAAUGCCUGCCCUGGAAGGUCCGUUUUCGGCUCUCCAUACCAUGAAGAUGACAAAUACCUCAUUUGUCAACUGCAUAAACGAUCCACCAGGACCUGCCAAGUUGGGCAUGGAAAACGUGGGUGAAAAAGCCAGAAAGAAAACCUGAUUCAACUGGAAGCGGUAGUUCCAAAAUGGUUGCAAGGGACCUGAAAUUCCUCGACUCCUUGAAGACUUCUGACAAAGAGAAUUUCCUCCCAGCUGUAAUGAAGAGAAGUAGAGAGAAGUUGUGGACUUUCAGCCAGGUGGACUUUCAGCCAUCUUUCAUAGAGCCAGCUGUAUCAUCUGCCUGCAAAGGCUUGUGCCAAGGAGUUGGAUCCAUGGAAGCGUACGACCGGGUGGCAAAGGUGGUGGCCCCAAAACAUCAAGAACUCAGGAAAGAGGAAGGGUUGCUCACUCUACUGAUGCAGAAGCUCAAUACGGAUAGAGACGAACUAAAGAAAGUAAUUGACCGCCUCCGGGACCUGAACGAUGAACUUGAAUCACUUACUAAGCGGAAGAAAGAGCUUGAAAACAGCAUUGAGGAAUGCUCUUAUAAGCUGGAAAGGGCUGAAAAGAUGAGCUUGGGAGGAAAGGAGGAUAGGGGCACGGAAGCAGCACGCUAUAAUCUUUCCAUUAUCAAGGUGUCUGACUCCACUUACGUAAGGACUUUGGAGAACGCCAUCCAGUUUGGAACCCUAGUCUUGCUUGAAAAUAUCGGCAAAGAAGAGUUGGGUGCCCUCUCAGAGCCAGUGCUGCUAAUGGCAACUUUCAAACAGCAGGGUGUAGAGUACAGGAGACUGAGAGAGAAUGUUAUGGAGUACUCAAGCAAUUUCAAGCUUUUACUCAAUGGAUUUCAAGUGGAAUACUACUUGGAGGAGUCUGACCAGGUCACCAAGGAGCCCAUGUCUCUGGUUAUGUUGAAACAGGUAGAUUUUAUGAAAAUUUGCAUCUGUUUUCAUUAUCUGCCAUAUCUGUUGCAAGCUCAGUAUUAUGAGGAGAGACUGAGAGAGAACUUUAUUGAGUACUCAAGCAAUUUCAAGUUUUUACUCAAUGGAUUUCAAGUGGAAUACUACUUGGAGGAGUUUGAUCAGGUCACCAAGGCGCCCCUGACAGCUCUUCAGCUGACCUGGAUUCAGACCUCCGCAGAAACGGAGAAAAUGGUGGUUCUCUUAGAAAAAGUAACCACUGAGGUUUCUGAUGCCAAGGAACAGCUAGUGGGUGCAGAUGAAAAGGAAGCCAAUGAAGCGGCCGCUAUUGCCCAGGGUAUUCAGGAGGAGUGCGAGGGAGACCUUGCCGAGGCAAUGACAGCCCUGGACCCUCCCGUUUCGGCUCCCCUUGCCCUGAACCUGCCAAAUAUCUCCUUUUUCAAACCCAUGCCGGAUCCACCAAUACCAGUCAAGCUGGCCAUGGAGAGCGUGAAAGAAGGGGCCAGGGCCGUUGAAGAGCACGACCGUGCCGCAAAUGUGGUGGCACCCAAACAUGAACAACUGAGAGAAGCUGACGGUUUUCCCCUGCACGCCGCGCACUCCUGCGCGGAAGCCUCCCCGGAGUGGUCCUCUCCUCAUCCCUUCGCCAUCCGCGUUUGCCAUCCCUUGGCCACCAGCUGCCGUUCCUUCGAGGAAGCCCAGAGCGCGCAGAAGAAGCCCGUUCUGCUGGCGCGCGUCUCUCCCAUUCCCCAUCCAGCCGCGCGGUGCCAGAAUGCCAACAACGACGACCGCUUGCGCUCCGCCCCGUGCACUGUCACCGAGAGAAGCGGGAGGGAGGGGGAGAAAUGCAGCGGCAGCAGUAGCGGCGGCGCCGGCGUUACUCCAAGCAGCCACAGCUCCAGCCACUACACUCCCAGCCAGCGAGCGAGGGAGAUCUCCGGCGAGACUCAGCGGGCGCCAGGGCGAGCCGGGACCCCGCUCUCUCUCUCUCUUUGUGACCCCAGCCUCGCAGCCGCGCCAAAGGGGACAGAGGAGCAAAGGAACGAGCCAGCUGGUCGAUCCGGUUCUUAUUGCUGUUGA